AUGAACAAACUGGUUGCUGGUUACACGAACGAAAAAUCACAGAAUUACGUAAACUCGAAUUAUAUGAUACAAACUAUUUAUCCCACAUAUAAAUUUACAAUAAAUACUCUAAACUUCGCAUUCAACGAGUGUGAAAAGAAUAAAGAAACUAACGCGUCGGAGAAUUUCAUUUCUGCCAUCACGUUCACGAUGAUCGAUUCGUCAGAGGGGGCUGGUGAAAGGAUCACCCCGAGAGUCAGAGAUCCAUAAGUUCAACCAUGCAAGACCUUUCAUUCGACAGCGUGGCUAAUCAGCGAGCCGGUUCCACGACAAAUCCAAUCCGAGGACAAUGACCUAACGAGCAAACUCGAUUUAAAUCCGGACGCCUCAAUAUCGUUUCGAAGGCGUCUAGUGAGUGACACGGUGGCACGGAGACUAUCCGCGAGACGCCUUGUCGCCCGUUGGAUCCGAUAUUGUAUCCCUUAAGACGUUCCACAGAUUUAAAUUAAGUUCUUGCCCGCAGAUAUUGAAUUCACUUUAUGUUAAUACCGGGUGAUCCUCGCCACCCUCGAAAGCCACCAGGGGAGAAGCACGAAGACGAACGGCUGAAUAAUUUUCGAAAGCUUUUUCCUCCGUGGAAACUAGGCAGAGGGAAGAAAAAGAAGAAGAAGAAGAAGAUCCGAUUCGCUGAUCCGUUUCUUCGGGAAUCAACUGGCUACGCUUUGUUCCUUCGUUUCCCACAAUCUUUGUCCUUGGUUAUAAUUCAAUUAAACGAUUUAAUGAACGCUUUCGUCCAGAGUUUCUGGACGGUUUCGAUUUAUUUGAUACGAUCGUGGGGUAGAAGAACCUCUUGCCCCGUAUCGUCGGGGUGGAGAUGUUUAGAAAAAGAAGAAACGAAAUUUCAUUUGCCGAAAGAGGAUCUCAUUGCUAGACUACUUGCUGUAUAAAAGAGUUCAGAAUUGUGUGUCAAAUCAUGGAUCGUGCUUUUCGAGUUCGAUGUAAUGAAAAUUUUAAUUCUGGAUGGUAAUUCUUGAACUUUCUCUGAAUCUCGUAGCAGCAUUAUAAAUUACGGGACAUAUUGGUUAGUUUCAAUACUAAUAUAAAAUUGCAUAUGUUACUGUUAUUGAAAUAUCCACUAUUUAUAAGAAUCCUUGUAUUUUUUUCUUUAUCGUCUGAAGAAGUGAUUCCUUUGAAACGUACAUUCGAAUAAUGAUAGUUAAAUCGUAAUUAAAUUUUUUUCUUACUUUCUACACAUAGAAUUCUUAUUAUACUUUUAUUAAAUUUCUGCUCAAUUUUCUUGAACUUCACGCAAAUUGCAUCGACUUAAAUUUAAUCGUUAAGAGAAAAGAAAAGAGUUAAAUUCAUUACUUUACCAGAACGUAAAACAUCAAAACAUUCCCACGAUCGAAAAUUAUCCAAUUUCAUUAUUUCACUAAAAUGGCAAAUAUUUCAUUUCCAAACUAACGUGCAAACAAACUCCACUGGUCAUUGUUCUCAUUACUAUGCUUCGAGCCAAUCAGCGUUCUGUACGCAAAUUGAUCAAUCUAAAACUUUCGAGUUUCACAUUCUCCAGCACAGGGGACUCUAAUCACGCACAAUAUAUUGCUUAAUCUCGACUUCGUCGCGUUCACGAGCGGGCAUUUAUACUUCCCUGCAAUUUAGGGUAAUACCAAGUAAUUCCUCGUCCGUCUAGCAGCGACCAGUCGUUCAACAUCUCUUGUUGCUCGAUAAAUUACCGCAUGAACGCGUCGUUCGAUCACUAUAUACACGCCGUAUCGAAAUAAGUCAGCCUGGCUGUCUCUCUCGAUAAAUUAGUUAACAGUUAACACGCUCACGCUCACGAGCACGCGAAGAGCCCGAGAAUGAACUUUUCCGUUAUUUUCACUGGAAAUCACGGUCAAUUCGCCCCUAAUGACCAUACGGACAGUUCGCUGAUAAUUUUAUGGAGAUAGAACUUUCGUAAACUAUCGACUGGCAUGGUCAUCCUAGCAUAUUACGGAAUAACAAGUUGCCGUGUACAUAUUACAUUACGUAUUACGUUGCACACCGUUACCAUCGUUGGUCUUAAUUUUGUAUAACGUUGAUUACUUAGCAAAGUUUCGGUUUACAGAAAACACAGGUUCUAAAGCUGUUAAUUUUACAAGUGGUCAUUUUCUCGUUGAAUUCUUAUCGCGUAGGAAGUAAAGUAAAUUACCUAGUAAUGGACUGUGUGUACAAGUCUCGUGAUUUUUAAUUUGUAUCUUCAAUUAUAUGCUGAGAAUUUAGAAAAAAAAAUAAUAAAGGGAAGAUACAAUUCUGAUAGAAUUGUCCAUUCGUGGUUCUUUUCAUGGAUCAACAGUGAUAAGAUUCAAGAUUUCACGUAUUUAGUGGAUUAAUCGUAUCGCUACCUAUUAUUUUCAUUUCUUUGCUCGAACUCGUCGAGGCACGAAUUUUUUCUUCCUUCAAUUUCUGAAAUAUGAGAUUCAAUGUUUAAACGUCUUUUUUCAACGUCCUUGAGAGAGAGUGGGAGAUCGUACGGAAAGAUUUCUCGGUCAAGAAGCGUAGUUUCUUCUUGACUGAAGAAAAGCGGGUCAUCGCGGGGCAUUAAGUCGGAUCCUACACAAUUCCUACGCUACAGUUUAUUGUGGAAUUCCAGAGUGAAGUUUUCACGAUUGAAAGUUUCUCGCUAAAUUUCACACUUCGUGUGGCAAAUUUCUGCGGCACGCUAACCAAUCUGGUUGAAGAUUUCUCGACGAAAUUUUCAUUUUUGCCUGGUACAAAAAAAUAAGUAGAACACUUUCAGAUACACUAUCGCGACUUUCUGGGACAAUAUUUAUCUCCACAAAUUUAUUUAUUACGAGAAGAUAGUGAUAGCGAACAAUCAGGAAUUUCAAGCUUUCAAAUUUUCCAAAGUGAUUUUCAUUUUUCUCACAAUUUCCGAGCGAGUUGUAAUAUAAAUUAAGCGUCGCGCGCGACGCACGCGAUUUAAAGGGACGAUCGUGACACGCGGAGAAUCAUCACUCGGCAAACGAGAUGAAACAUCGCAAGCGUAGGCGAAGAAAGUUCUAAGUAAGAGGCGACCAAGCAGAGACAUUCUUAAUCAUGUAAACGGGAGGUUGUCUUAAAAGCUCUUUGCGAAUAAUGGCGGAUGGUUCUAGUCAAGCUAGUCCACGAAGGAUCCCGUCUUCUCCCUUUUGUUCAAAGAUUUACGAGCGGACAGGGGAACUCGAACGAGCCUGGUCUCUCCUCCUCCCCUCCCCCGUUAAAAGUGCUCGAUUCGAUCGUCAGUAUAAUGUUCCUCGCGAAAAGUAGAAGUUGAAUCUUCCGGCUGGACGUUUCUCGUUUCAACGACAAUCCCGCCACCAGAAAUUACACCAACUUCCACUGCAGCGUUAACGUGUUUCGCGUCGCAUUUACCCCUGAAACUGUCCUUUAACCAAGUUUCCCGCCGGCGAGAAUUCUUGCCCCUUGGCUGAGAAUUGCAAUUCCCGAAAAACUGUCACAAUUGAAAGGCUACUGAAUACUCCGGCAAGAAAUUCUAACAUGCACGAUAACAAUUCCAUUCGAUCAGAUUAAAUUAAACGUUUGUAAACAUUUCGAAUAUUUUAUCAGGUGAAUAUUUUUGCAUUUUGGUUGCAAUUUACAUUUUUUUAAAAAAUCGUAAUAAUUGGAAAGAUAUUAUGUAUGUUUGUAUGGAACUUCAGUGCAUAAUAUUCUCAUUCGCGAAAAUUGUUUGCAAAUAUUUCAGGUAUUUGAAAAAUAUCCGCUUGUAGAAGUGCUGCAUAAUUGACGUGUGCAUAGUGAGUAUUUUUUAUUCAAGACGGAAAAUAUUGAGAAAUUUAAAAUCAGUACGACAAUGGCGUUUGUUGUUCAUCGGACGUGUUUUUUUCUUUCUUUUAAUUAUUGUCUGAUCAAUAUUUCUUCUAUGAGAAAAUAAAUAUGGUAAUCGUAUGGCGUCGGGAAAGUUGUCAGCUUUCAAACGAAUUCCACAUUCCACAGUUUGCCACUUAAUCUCGAGUCGAAAAGGGCCAUGAAUUUUGAAUAAAAUAUUCCGCGAAAGGCGUUGACUUUAAAGCAUUCUCGACGUUCUGAUUUUUAUACAUAUUGAAGUGCCCGUGGUAAAAGAAGGAGCAAGCGACACUUCGUAAUUAUUCGAACGACUUCAACGACGGUCGUCGAACGUCGCUUGAAUAAUUUAGAUUCGAAGUACGCAAGUACCAAUGUACAAUAUAAAAACAAUAUUAAUACUUGCUAAUAAUCGACUUUAUAUUUAUUAUACGAUAAUAAAAUCCCACUAUUUAUUCACGAUAAACUUUUGUGAUAAAAAGAAAGUGAAAUAUAAAAAACAUUUCUUUCUCGAAUUAUGAACAAAUGAAGUAAAAAAAAAAAGUGAACAGACUAUGCAAUAAUCUUGAAAGAUACUUGAAAAGAACAUACGAAGAUAUUGAGUUUCUUACAGAAAUUUUUUUAUGAAUAUAUUAUAUGUAUUCUACGAAAUAUUUCGUUAUAAUCAUGUUGUUUAUAUUUAAGACGAAUUUGAAAAUGUACACAAAAGUAAAGAAGAGGAUAAAGUCAAAAUAUUUAAAAAAGUGAAGUAUUUACUGCGACUAAUUUAAGAUCUACUAUCUACUAAUUGUAUGCCAAUUUUUCAUUGAGUGCUGAUGAAAUUUCUGGAAAUGUGAUACGUUCACAAAAAUUUCGAAUGCUUGAAAAGUAUUCUUCGAUCCAUUUCUACACUUUCCACAACCAAAAUCCAGCCAACGAAUCGUAACGUCAAAUCGUAACAUUGCCUCGAUUUUUCUCUUGCCCAAAGCAUCGUUUUCGAAACAAACGAGCAACGAAAAAGAGAAAAAAAGAAGAAGAAGAAGAAGAAGAAGAAGGAGAAAAUAAAAAAAGAAAACUAGAAGUGGAUAACGUCGAUCGAAUUGUAUUAGAUUGAAGCGUGUCUACGGAAAGGCAACGAUCAGAAUUUAUAUUCCAGAGUGGUAGCUGGUUUGACGACGAUCCAUCUAUUCCCGGUAGACAGUUGA